UUCUAUACUUUUUAACAGCUGAUUCAACAAAACAUUUGGACAGUAUUUACUUGGGCUAUUAAUCAAAUUGUAUGCGCAAUUGUCAUAGGUUGGCGUUAUUAAUAAUAUAUUUGAUCUGAUUUUCUAUUCAAGUGACGAUGACUUCAGCAGGUACGAUGUGUUUUGACGAGUAUGGGAGACCCUUCAUCGUCCUGCAGGAGCAGGAGCGGCAGGCGCGUCUGACUGGACUAGAAGCUAUCAGAUCCAACAUCCAGGCCGCUCGGAGAGUGGCGGACACAUUACGGUCUUCUCUCGGGCCCAAGGGCAUGGAUAAGUUGUUGGUGUCCCCUGAUGGUGAAGUUGUCGUUACCAACGACGGCGCCACCAUUCUAGAGUUGAUGGACGUUGAACAUGAGGUCGCCAAGCUGCUGGUGAGUCUGGCCCGUGCCCAGGAUCGCGAGGUGGGCGAUGGCACGACUGGAGUAGUUGUGCUGGCUGGAGCGCUGCUGGAGCGGGCGCUGGAACUACUGGACAAGGGUGUACAUCCCACUCUCAUAGCGGAAGGCUACGAGCGCGCAGCUAGAAGUGCGGCUAGACACCUGGACAGCAUCUCCUGGAGUGUGACAGUGGACCAGGAAAACACGACGUGGUUACUGCUCGCGGCGAUGACCGCACUGAGCUCCAAGAUUGCCAGUAGGUGCCAGAGACACCUGGCGGAACUGGCCGUUACCGCAGUGAAGACUACCUGUGACAUGACUCGAGACAAAGAUUUGUACGUUAACUCUAUUGUGCUAAAAGGCAAGAGUGGUGGGCAGAUAGAAGACACUGAGUUAGUCCGAGGUAUCAUCAUCGGCAAGGACUUUGCUCAUCCUCAAAUGAAAAAUUACUUAACAAAAGUGAAAAUAGCAGUUUUCUCUGGAUCUGCUCUGCAAUUACCCAAAGUAGUUACAAAGCACCAGUUGAACGUUAAUGACUCAACAUGCUACGGUGAUAUCCGAUCCUGUAUAAACGAAUGGAGUAACAGCGUUUUGAAGAUAAUCACCGAUAAUGGUGUAGAACUCGUGGUGUUUUCAGGGAAGAUCGAUGAAAGCGUAAUUCAUCUACUACUCCGACACGGGGUAAGCGCGGUUGAGGAGGUGCCGGACGUCGAAAUAGUCGCGGCAGCUGUUGGUGCCCGCAUCACUCCCAGAGUGGAAGAACUGACUGUUGAUAAGUUAGGCCGAGCUGAUCAAGUUAGAAUCAUUAACUUAGGCACUGUGUCGGGGAAGUUCAUCGCCUUAGAGCAGUCGGAUAAAGCCAAAAUUGUUACUAUCUUCGUACGCGGUGGUAAUGAAGUUGUAGUCGAAGAGGUGAAGAGAAGUCUACAGGAUGCACUUUUUGUAAUUAGAAACCUGAUAAAGAACAGUUCUGUUGUGUACGGUGGGGGCGCUUCUGAGAUAUCAUGUUCCCUGGCUCUUAUGGAAGAGAGUUUGACCUUCUCUGAUUUGGACCAGUUAGUGUAUCGAGCUUUCGCCGAGGGACUGGACGCGAUACCCACCGCGCUGGCCGAGAACGCAGGUCUGUAUCCACUCAUGGUGCUGACGGAACUGAAGGCUGGCCACAAGCCAUCUCGUGGCGUGGAUUGCGCACUUACUGGAGAUUGCGACAUGCACAAGCAGGGAGUGGUCGAGGGUCUGCAGGCCAAGAAACAUCAACUUGUGCUCGCCACUCAGCUUGCUAAAAUGAUUCUCAAGAUCGAUGACGUCAGGGGUCCCAAAAACUAGUCCUUGCCCUAACUAUUCUUACCAUACGUUUAUAAACUGGUUGUAAAACAAUAUGUUUGCUGAUAUUAUAAAAAAAUAAGUAACACA